AUGGCGGCGCUCCUCCGCCGUCUCCUCCUCCUCCGCCGCCUCGCCCUGCCCCACUCCCAGCCCCAGCCCCGCCUCCUCCCCCACACCACCGCCCUAACCCCCCACCCGGCCCUCGCCCCCGCGCUGCUCGCCCCCUCCCGCGGCUUCUCCUUCUCCUCCGCGGAGGAGGCCGCGGCGGAGCGCCGCCGCCGCAAGCGCCGCCUCCGCAUCGAGCCCCCGCUCCACGCGCUCCGGCGGGACCCGUCCGCCCCGCCCCCGCCGCGGGACCCCAACGCGCCGCGCCUCCCCGACACCACCUCCUCCCUCGUCGGCCCGCGCCUCAGCCUCCACAACCGCGUGCAGUCCCUGAUCCGCUCCGGCGACCUCGACGGGGCCUCGGCGGCCGCCCGCGCCGCCGUCAGCUCCCGCGUCCGCCCCACCGUCUUCACCUGCAACGCCGUCGCCGCCUCCAUGGGCCGCGCGGGCCGCCACGACGACGCCGUGGCCCUCUUCGACUUCUUCUUCCGCCGCUCUGGCAUCGUCCCCAACGUCGUCUCCUACAACACCCUCAUCCUCGCCCACUGCGAGGCCGGCCGCGUCGACGAGGCGCUCCGGGCCUACCAGGAGAUGCUCGACGGCGCCACCUCCUUCUCCCCCUCCGCCGUCAGCUACCGCCACCUCACCAAGGGCCUCGUCGCCGCGCAACGCAUCCAGGAGGCCCUCGAGCUCCUCCACAGCAUGUACCACCGCGGCCAGGGCGCCGACUCCAUUGUCUACAAGAACCUCAUCGACGGCUACAUCGGCCUCGACGACUGGGACAAGGCCUUCGAGCUCUUUGCCGAGCUCACCGAGAAGGCCACCGUGUAUGACGGCGUCGUGCACACCAGCUUCAUGGAGGGCUACUGGAAGAAAGGCAUGGACAAGGAGGCCAUGGAGAAUUACAAGUCUCUGCUCGACAGGAACUUCAAGAUGACGCCCGCCACCUGCAACGUUCUGCUCGAGACACUCUUCAAGCAUGACAAGCACAAGGAGGCCAAUGACCUGUGGGAGACCAUGAUUGACAACCACAGCCCGCCAAGCUUCAUCGGCAUGAACAGCGAGUCCUACAAUGUCAUGGUCAACCAGUGCUUCAAGGAGGGCAGGUUCCAGGAUGCCAUUGAGGUGUUCCACCGCCAGCCGAGGAGGAACGUCCAGAUGGAUGUCGGCUGCUUCAACAACAUCAUCGGGAAGCUCUGUGAGAAGGGGAUGCUCGCAGAGGCAGAGAAGCUCUUCGAGGAGAUGGAGAGCAAGUCGGUGCUUCCAGAUGUGUACACCUACACUUUCCUGGUCGACUUGUGCUUCAAGGAAGGUCGUGUGGAUGACACGAUUCAGUACUUUUACAAAAUGGCAGAUGGGAGGGAGCACGGCCCAAAGUUCAACAUCGGCUUUUUCAAUAGAAUGUUUGAAGGACUUUCACAAGCUGGCCGGAUCGAUGAUGCCUUAAAGGUGUACGGAAGGAUGGCUGACAAGGAGAUCAAGCCCAACACAACCACAUUUGAGAUCCUGGUUAAUGCACUGUGCAAGGAAGGGGAAUUGGAUAGAGCACUGGACCUGGUGAGGGACAUGGCAAGGGGUGGUGUUGUCGCAACUCCUGAGUUCCGGGAGUCUGUCGGUGAGAUUUUCAAGAAUGCCGAUCGGCACGAAGAGAUCGAGAAAGCUUUUGAAGAAAAACCUGUGCCACUGCCUCCUCAGCCAAGACCAGAGGUUCGCCCUCGCAGUUCACCUCAGGGGUUGCCAGGAUUUGCAUCUAAUCAGACACGGGGCAGCUACACACCUAACCAAGGCCAACCAGGUUAUGGUUCUCCACAACCAUUUCAGCCUGGCAAUGGUGCAUCUCAAGUGCGGCAACCUGAGUGGAUGUCUCCUAAACUUCAGCAGCCUGUGUCUGGAAACCAACAAGUUGAAAAAACAGAUGUUGGUGCUUCUAAUAAAUGGCAGCAUGGUAUUUCAUCUCAAGAAAAACAACCUGGGAUUGCCCUGCCUCAAGAUGGACAACAGCCAGAGUUUGGUACCUCUCGCCCUUGGCAGCAAACAGUUGGUGCUCCUCAAGUGCAGCAACCUAAUUUUGGCUCAGCUGCACCGGUGCAGCCUGGGUUUGGUAGUCGACCGCAGCAACCACCACAUGGUUCUCAUGAGACUCAACAUCCUGGGUUUGGCACAUCUCGUCCAUGGCAGACAGGGUAUGGCGCUCACCAAGCACAACAGCCAGGCCAUGGCGCUCAUCAAGCGCAACAGCCUGGGUAUGGCGCUCAUCAAGCACAACAGCCAGGCCAUGGCGCUCAUCAAGCGCAACAGCCUGGAUAUGGUGCUCAUCAAGCGCAACAGCCUGGGUAUGGUGCUCAUCAAGCGCACCAGCCUGGGUAUGGUGCUCAUCAAGCGCAGCAGCCUGGAUAUGGUGCUCAUCAAGCGCAGCAGCCUGGAUAUGGCGCCCAUCAGGCGCAACAGGCCGGAUAUGGCACCCAUCAGGCGCAACAGCCCGGGUAUGGCGCCCAACAGGCGCAACAGCCCAGAUAUGGCGCCAAUCAAGUACAACAGCCUGGGUAUGGGGCUCAUCAAGCACAACAGCCUGGGUAUGGGGCUCAUCAAGCGCAGCAGCCCAGGUAUGGGGCUCAUCAAGCGCAGCAGCCUGGGUAUGGUACUCAUCAAGCGCAGCAGCCUGGGUAUGGUGCUCCUCAGGCAUCACGGCCGUCAUUUGGUGCCCCUGAAGCACCACGGUCUAGUUUGGGCUCUGCUCAGAGUCUCCCACACUAUGGCCGCAUAGGAAAUGAGCAUGAUCAGCUUGGAUCUUCUCGUCAAGGUGGACCAACAUUUAGCACUCAGGCACCACAGACUGCUGAGGCCCCAGACGACAUGGCGGUCAAAUACAGUCAGCAUUACUAGUUUUUUUUUGCUUGGGCUCCAAACCAAUUAUACCCCAAGUUAAUGAGCAGGAAAGUGCCAAAAACAAUUCUUAUCUUUGUUAACAAGCUGCUGCACGGAUGGAAUGGUCUGUUAGUGGAUUGAAAACUGCUGGAAGCGGCUGAUUAAAAUGGGCCGGGUUCUAGUAACUUUCAGACUUGUUGGCUGUCAUCAUUUGCACAUUUGACCAUCAUUGGUCAAUAAUAGGAUUGUAAUAAUUGGGCUUGAGAAUUCACAUUCCAGUGAGUUGGAUCAUCGUAUCCACCUGAACAAUUAGUGAGGGUUUUAGCAGUAUGAGCAAUUUUAUUUGGAGUACCUUGUACGUAGUAUGAAUUUGAUAUGAUAUUGUUUUACCACAGAGAUGUCCACUGCA